UUUUGAGGAUGAUAGUUACCAUAAUAAUUUGAAAUUGGGAAUGCUCAUUGAAAAGGUCUUCUUAUUUGCUAAUUGAAUAUAAUAAGUUUUGAAUAUAUUUCACAAUGUUUUUUGAAGGUAUGAAAAGGGCGUAUACCAUUACGUUUUAACCCUCUCGUGUCGUGUAAAUGUUAUCCUUAGUUUCUUCUCCUUCAAUCGUAGAGGGACUGAAGCAGUAGUUGGCUUUUCCUCAACAGUUGUGGCUGAAUGCCUCUCCCAUCCAAAGCCCUAAAAUCCCCAAUCGAGCAGUGGCAUCACCAUGGACCUUCCAUGUCCAUAUCCAAAUCCAAACCAAAACCAAAACGAGGUUUCGUCCUUUUGUCUCUGAAUCGCCCCCACGUAUUGGCCUGCAAAGGCCUCGAAAUGACCGUCCCCACAGAACCCCCGAAUUCCAAAGUUGCAGCAAAAAACGUCGACGUUGCGACUCUGAGCAAUCUCUGCGUUGAUAUUGUUUUGAAUGUCCCUCACUUGCCCCCUCCUUCCCCCCUUCAACGCAAGGCUUUCAUGGACCGCUUGGCUCUCUCCCCACCUCACAAGAAAUAUUGGGAAGCGGGUGGGAAUUGUAAUAUGGCUAUUGCGGCUGCAAGAUUAGGACUCAAAUGCUUAUCAAUUGGUCAUGUGGGUAAUGAAAUCUAUGGGGAGUUUCUGCUGGAUGUGCUUCAUGAGGAGGGCAUUGGUAUGGUUGGGAUGAUUACUGAAGAUGACAUUGUCAAUGGCUCUAGUAGUAGUGGUGCCUCUCAUGAUACUCUUCUAUGCUGGGUUCUUGUUGAUCCUUUACAGAGACAUGGUUUUUGCAGUCGGGCUGAUUUUAGUGAGGAGCCUGCGUUUCAUUGGAUGAGUAGAGUGUCCAGAGAAGUUAAAAUAGCUAUUGAAAGUUCAAAGGUCUUGUUCUGUAAUGGAUAUGGCUUUGAUGAGCUCUCUCCUGGUGUACUACUCUCAGCAAUGGAAUAUGCUGUUGAAGUUGGGACAUCAGUCUUCUUUGAUCCUGGACCACGUGGAAAGAGUCUCUCCACUGGGACCCCAGAAGAACGAAGAGCUCUUAACCAGUUCCUGAGAAAUAGUGACGUUCUUCUUCUAACUUUUGAUGAGGCUGAGUCAUUAACUGGCAUAGCAGAUCCAAUAUUAGCCGGGCAGGAGUUGCUUAAAAGAGGGAUCCGCACAAAAUGGGUGAUUGUAAAGAUGGGUUCUAAGGGUUCAAUUCUAAUAACUGCAACAAGUAUAGCUUGUGCACCUGCAUUCAAGGUGAAUGUUAUUGACACUGUUGGGUGUGGAGACAGUUUUGUAGCUGCUAUUGCGUACGGUUUUAUACAUAAUAUGCCAUUGGUUAAUACAUUAGCAAUUGCAAACGCAGUUGGUGCUGCAACAGCCAUGGGCUGUGGUGCUGGUAGGAAUGUAGCAACACUGGAGAAGGUUGUGCAUAUAUUAAGAUCAUCAAACCUCAACGAAGAUGUUGAAUUUUGGACUGACUUACUUGAAAAGAAUGAGGUAUCUCAGGAAAUAACGUGUCUGACAAGUGUCAUGAAUGGAAACAGAAAUGGACUCAACCUUGUCCCAUUUGACAAGGUUGCCUCUGAGCUCUUGCCCAAGCUUGAAUUUCCACGGGCAGUGGGGAACGUGCAAACUUGAUAGGUGUGGAAAGAUGGAUUGCAGCCACUGUCAUAUCGAUACAUGUGAAAUAACUCUUCUCCCGAUUCUUGAGUUGUUCACUUUGUCAUCCAGUAAAAGUGAAAAACUAAGCAUUACGACAGCAGAGUUUUAUCUCAACAGGAUUACAUUAGGAUAGGUGAUUUAAAAGGCAUUGUUUUGAGCUAGCACAUGAAAGGUAGCAGCAUUUUUACUGAUUUCUUACAUUUCAGUCUCCACUGUAUUUCUUUGAUGUCAAAGGUAAUUUUACUCUCAGAACCGGUGAGGCAGAACUUUUAUCCUCUGAGAUUCCAAUUUUUUUGCUUCAUUUUUGCAUGGAUGCAUCGCAAGCAGUGAUAUGCAAUAGUCUCGAUUUUGUCAUAGUUGCUUGAUGACACAGGGAAAGUUUGUUUCUUUGACUCCAAUAUUUUGAAUACGAAAAUACAAUAGUUGUGUAGCCAAAAAAAAUGGUGUUUUGAAUGCUGCAGUCUGUCUUAUGUUAAAUCUACUAAUUACUAAUAUCGGUUU